GCAGGAGCACAAGGACUGUGCAGACCAGCCAGGAGCCUUUCCUUCCUCCUCAGCUGCUGUGCGGAGGUGUGAGAGCUCCUUUGGGCACCCCUGCCCAGGUGCCAGGCUGACUGGGCACCCACUCACUGCAGCUGCCAUGGCCAGCGCUGAUGCAGACUUGGAGGCAGAGGCACUUCCCCAUAUUUUGGAACGAGACAUGAAUGAGAUAAGGGCUGCAGUAGAGAAAGGAGAUCUCACAUCAGCAGCUGCAAAAGCACAAGACAUCUUGGCUAAUGAGGAAAAGAUCCUGCUCCACAUCGCUGUAACAGGUGAAUCAGGCUCUGGGAAAUCAUCCUUCAUCAAUGCCAUGUGUGGCCUGGAGGACUAUGAGGAGGGCGCCUCUGAGAUUGGAGUGAUAGAGACAACGAUGAAAUGCAGAUCUUAUCCUCACUCCCAGGACUCCCACGUGACUUUCUGGGACCUGCCUGGGAUUGGAUCACCCGAGUUCAGACCAGACACCUACCUUAAGCAGGUGCAAUUUGAUCGCUAUGACUUCUUCAUCAUCGUCUCCUCCAGCCGCUUCACAUGCAAUGAUGCGCUUCUUGCAGAGAAAAUUCAGGCUCUGGGGAAGCAGUUCUAUUUUGUGCGCUCCAAGGUGGAUCAAGAUGUAAGCAAUGAGCGAAGACUCUACGAUGAGGAGGGAGUCCUGAAAGCAAAAGGGAAGAGAGCUACUGAGAUCCGGUCACAGCAGUAUAAUGAGAUGGCAGUCCUGGAUAGGAUCAGGCGGGAGUGUGAAAGCAACCUGAAAAAUCUGGGCAUAAGCUCCCCUCAAGUCUUUCUUGUCUGCAGGGAUGAUUUUAGCACAGUGUACGAUGGUCCCAGACUAUUGCAAACCAUUCUGGAUGAUCUGCCAAGUCAGAAGAAACUCAGCUUCCUACGGCCCAUGGCCAUCACUUCCAUGGAGGUCCUGGAAAAGAAAAAGAAGGAGCUGAUGAAGUAUAUCUGGCUGAAAAGCCUUGCGUCAUGUGGAGCAUCUACUGUUCCCAUCCCAGGUAUCUCUACCGCUGUUGAUACUGCAAUCCUGGUGGCAUCCCUGAAAGAGUACUGUAAGACCUUUGGACUGGCUGAGGAACACCUCAAGAAACUUGCAAAGCAGGUGAGGAAGCCUGUUGAAGAGCUGAAGGCUGUCAUAAAGUCCCCCCUGCACCACGAAAUAUCCAAGGAGCUUGUUGCUAAGCUGUUGACCCAAAGCAUUGGGGGUGCUGUGCAGUAUCGUCUGCUUCUGCUUAAAGGCAUCCCCACAGUCUGGCAGGUGAUAGGCUCUCUAGUGGCUGCAGGAAUUAGUUUCCUCAGCACCUUCUUUCUGUUGAGGGAUUUUCUGUCUACUGCUGCUGCUGAUGCCAAACGUAUUCUGCAGAAGGUUUUAGAGGGGACGACUCAGAAUAGCCACAUCGAAAGCUGAACAGAAAAUGUGUGAGAGGUUGUGGGGAGCUCCCAAGAGCAGAAGGGAGAGGGACUGAGUCCAGGCAGCUGAAUUCUCCAAGGGUGGCCAAUGCUUUGCUGUCUGCAAGUGCUGCAGGGUGCUCUGUCAGCACCUGGGAGCAGGUUGAAGUGCUGAAACUUUCUGUGUUAAUGUUGCAAGAACAGUCACGGCAGGCCCCUGUCUGGGUUUUUCAGGGCGGACAAGGGUAUUUUGGCAUACCUGCUAUAAGGAUUUGCCCCAGUUCAGGAUAUUUAGGUAUGUCGGGGGCGGGCAAUCGCCCUAUCUCCCCGUCCCAUCACUCGUUCACAGGGUCGCUGACCUGAAACAGUGAGGUAGUUUCAGGGUGAGGAAAGGGGGGAAAGGCCUUGGGGGGGGGUCCCUACCCCACCAUUGGGUGCACAAGGGCACCAGGCUUGAAGAUCCCUUGAGUAUCAGCCCAGGCUCUAAGUCCUUCUAAUAUCCAUGCGUGGACCAGUGUCAUAGUAGAACCCUUAAUAGAUUGAAAGUUAUGUUUUGGGUCUGCUAGAAAGGUUUUAUUUGUGGUUUGUAUGUCCUGUCAAUCAUGCUGUCCUUUGUGUUAGUUGGCCCUUGUGUCCCACCCUGAUGUUAUUAAAUCAUUGGUGGGGGUGACUGUCAAUCAAGGGGAACAUUUUGGAAGGGGAGCAGACCUAUAGGCGCUGGUUGGCAGGCAGGUCCCCACGUGCUGGUGAAGCAGAUCCGGAUGGACUGUGACCAAUGGCAGUGUGGCACAACUUGGCCCCCCCCAUUUGGGGUGUGGGCUGCUAAGAGCUUCCCGCUGGGCGGUGGCCCCCUGUGCGCAGGGUGGCCUGCUGAGAGCACAGGUCCCUGGACCUGGAAGUGGUGCUCCUCGCUCCGGAUGCAGCCUGAUUAACCCCACCACCACCUUGACUAUUGUUUGUUGUUAUCAAUAUUAUUAUAGUUGUUAUCGUUACCAUUCAUUAGUUUGUUAAACUUUGUUAUUUACCUGUUAACUGCUGCAAUUGUGAACUCAUUCAUAAAGAGUAGGGACACCUAUACUACCACCCGAACCUGUUUAGUGUACGGAGCCUGCUGAAUUACCUUACCAGGGCAAAAUGCCUAUGAACUGGUUCGGUCGUCCUGCAGAGGCCUCCCGGCACAACCAGGAACACAGGCACCCCCAGGCUUUCCAGUCACUGGCACCCAGCCCCUCUCUAUUUGCUGGUACUGAGACCUCUCAAUGAACCCACGCAUAGAGGGGACAACAAACUCUCACAGAAAACAAGGUUUAAUGAGGAGAUAGCACAGACUACAGCAAUGGGGCAUAGGGUGCAAGCAGACAAGCACAUAGACCAGCUGGUCGCUUGCACCCCCACCUGCUCCUCUUGUCCCCUUUCUCUCUGUUUCCCCAUGCCUCUUCGUCUCCCGUUCACCUCCAUGUCUCCCUUUCUCCACCCUUGUCUUCUUCCAAAUAAACAACUAGCCCCUAAUUACUUUCUCCCCCACUGGUCCCCAUUUCAAUACAUCCUUUUCCAAAUUUGACAUUUUCUGACACUGUUAAACUGGGCCAUCCCAGCUUUCCCUGGUGUUACCCAUGUGGCCACUCAGUUGCUAUCAGCCUUGCGGGAGCUCUUACCUUGGCACUCAAGUCACUGAAUUAGGCCAAUACCAAGUAGUUUGGAAAAUCCCAGAUAAGAUAUGAAAACUCUUCCUUUUUAACCACGGUAGAAAAUGUGCUGAUCCAGGCAGUGUAAUAUAAAUGAUCACACUUCUCCCACAAGGGUAGUAUCACUCCGUUCAGUGCCAACAGCUUGUAAUUCAAAUCUGCAGUGACACAAUUUUUUGUCUAGAUUGACACGUCUGUGGCAUCUCAUUGACGCUUCAGGAGCCCUGCUGAUCUGGACAAUCUCAUUGCAUCCAUCUUUUAAGUUCUGCAAUAAAUGGAAUAAACGUAGAUAAAAUCUC